GAAUGAGCAAGCUGUCGGCGGCGGAUACCGGGAAGGGCGAUAUGACCGAUUGGAUGGCAGACAUUUAUGAGGCCAAAAUGCAGAAAGCCAAGGCCGAGUUGGAGGAGAAGCAAGCUAAGGACGCGGCUAGGGCGUCAGGGAAGAAGAAGGGGACGACUCUGUCCCAGCUGAAGAAGAGAGCUGUGCCAGCUGGCUCGGAGACUCCGAGUACCUUCAAGAAGCCAAAACCCCUACCCCGCCGUCUCGUGAAGAAAGACGAGUCGAAGGUUGCUGAGGGGGGAUGCCCUGAUGACGAAGAGAUGGGCGUGGACAAGCCGUCUCUGGUGGUGGACUUGGUGUCCAAAUCGAGGUCCGGUGGGCAUCCGGACGAGCUGGAGGACCCUCUUUCUGGAAUCCCGGCCGACGUCCGCUCUCAGAUACCUGCGGAGGUGGCCCGCCGAGCUAGGUCUUCGGGCGCCAAAGACAAAGGGAAGGAUGCAGCUGCUGCUGAUGACGAGAACGUACCUGCUACUCCCCACUAUUCGUCAAAGGAUAGGGUGGCUAUAUGCCGCAAGGUUUUUAAGGCCGUCCCCGCAGAGUAUGUUGCUUCUCUUCCUGGCCGCAAGACUGACGCCCAGUUUGGUGCGAUCCAGGCCACUCUUCUCGACUUGUUCUGCCGCAUGGAGUUCUGCAAGAGUUGGAACACUCGCACUGCUGAGGAGCUCAAAGCUCAGGUGGCUGAGUCCACCCACCAUGGCGACUAUGCGUUCAAAUCCAUUGAAGAGGUCCGCCUGCAGAUGCAGACGACCAUAGACCUUCAAGCAAAGGAGGUAGCUGCGUUGAGAUCUGACAAGGCCGAGCUGCUUAAGAAGAUCUUGGCGCAGGAUAAAGACAUGGUGGCAAUGGUCGAGGAGGCCAAGACAGCGGCGGCGGAAAUACGGACGCUUCAGGACCAGUUGCGGGAGUACCCUCAGGUCAAAGAGGCGGCUGAGGAGGCCGAGCAUCUUCGUGGGGAGCUAGAGACGGCCAGAUCGCAAGUUCGCACCUUGCGUGAGCGUCUCCUAGAAUCCUAUGAUCAGGGGGAACAAGCGACCAAGGACGCUGUUAAGCACGCCUGGGAGAGCCACAUGUCAGAGUAUGAUCUUGUGUGGUUCCAGCGGCGAAUGGAACAUAGUUCCGCUGUGUUGGCUGCUGAACGUCUUGGUCAGCCGCCCCCUGAGUUUGUAUCCUCCGAUGACGAGGACGAUGCGGCCGCUCCCUGAUUUGCUUCCUUGUGUAUUAUUCCAGCAAAAAUUUAUUCAAGUGUUCUCAUGCCUAAGGGCAAAAACAAUUAUUUUGUUAUGUUUUGGCGCCGCUGGCGUCUGUACCAUCGUGCCUGCUGAGCACUCAACAAUUUGU